UUCCCGAAUAAAAUGUUCAGCCUAUUGAAAAACCCUCGAAUGAAAUAAUCUAAUGAAUGCAAAAGCAAGUACGAGGGGUUUGGCAACAGACCAGAGCUACUCUACGCAUGCGCGAAAAACGUGUUUGUCCACCUGACAAAGAUGGCGGACAGAUGAGAAUUCAUGAUGAUGUCUCCGAAUUUUCACCAUAUUUGCGGAAACGUAAGAGAGCACGAUCCUGCUGCAGAAAAUAUAUAGCCCUAUAUGCUCCCAAAAAAAGCAGAUUUGAGAUCUGAACCAUGCUGAAGUGGUUUGGCUCUGACGAUCCUGGCUCUUCACCCGGAGCCAGCGAUGGUGCUGUUAAACCCUCUGUCUCUGAGGAGACGGAGCGUUUGGCUCAGAUGGAGCAGCUCGUGUCUCAGCUGAAGGAGAUGAUCAGAGAAAAAGAUGCAGCUCUGCACACUAAAGAUGAACAGCUCAAGGGAGAAAAGGAGGCGUGCGACGCGAAGCUGUCUAAGAUGCGGCUACAGAACAAAGCGAAGGUCACGUCUCUAAACUCACAGCUGGAGGAGUUGAGGAAACUGCAGGGGGAGCCACCACAACUCAAAAGGAGUGGAAGCGGAGAAUCCGGGGAGUCGGAGCACACCGGAGCCAGCAGAGGAAAAAUUUUGUUGCUUAAAAGGAAAUUGGAAGACCUGGAGCAGCAGCUUGCACAAAGAAAUCAGGAACUGCAUCUAAAGACAAAUGAACUGGAAGCCCAGAGGGAGCGCGGUUCUGAGAUGGAUGCCAUGUUGGUGGAAAAAGACAAACGCCUGGCUGAAAAAGAAGACUACAUCAUUCACUUACAGAUGGCCUUAGGUGGAGCCAAAUCGGAUAAAACAGUGGAGCAAGUAACACCAGAAAGCAAGGAAGCUGCACUUCAGGAGUUGGAGAUGCUGGUGAAAAACCUGACGAGAAAAGUUGAAGAUGGAGAAGAGAGGUACAGCCUCCUAAAGGAGCAGAGCGACAGUUUCAGGGAGCUGCUGGUCACAGAGAGAGCUCAGUUUGAGGAGAAGGAGAACAUGUACAAACAAAAUAUCCAGACAUUUAAGGACAUCAUUUUACAAAAAGACAACAGGUUAACAGAGCUGGGUCAGUUACACGAGCAGGAGCUUUUUAAACUCGCAGCAAAGUCAGACGCUAGUGCAGAUCUUGAGCAGCUUUUGAAGGCUCUUAAACAGAAACUGCAUGAAAAGGAAGAGGUCCUUCUAGGAAAAACCCAGGUGAUCGACGUCCUUCAAGGAGAAGUAGAUGGAAGGGAUCAGCAAAUCCAGGAGCUGAAUGAGCGCUUGAGACGCUUACAGAGCGAGAAGGAAAACCUCCAAUCUAAAAUGGAUGCCGAGAAACACAUCAUGCGCACUCAGGUUAGAGACCUCAUGGAGAAGCACCAAGAGGAGCUGAAGAAAGUGACGGAGAAAUACGAGAGGGAGAUGUCGGAGAAGGAGAUGAUGACCAUCUCCUCCGCUUCAGUCACCACAUCUGCAGACUUGAGCGUUGACCCAUCAGUGAACCAGAGACUCUCAGAUCUUGAAGCCCAAGUCAAGCUCAAAGCAGAAGAAGCCAGCAAGUCAGAGGCAAAGUUUUUGAGGAUGAAAGCCUGGUCCAAAUCCCGCACCCGCCAACUAGAAGACGAGCUGAAGAAAGCGCAGUGUGGAAACGUGCCCCCGGACGUAGCGGUGCUUCGUGCCCGUGUCAGCGAACUGGAAGAGGAGAGAGAAGAGCUGCUGUGUAAACUGGAGCAAUACGACGAGCUCAAGGGCAAAAAUGAUGUUUUAGAGGCCAAGCUGGUGGUGUAUGAGGAGCAGCAGAGGAAAAUGCAGGCCGAUCUGGAACAGGUCACUAAGAGAGCUGCCUCCCAGGCGAGUGAAUCUGGAAGCAUGGACGAUGCUCAGAGUCAGGUGAUGGAGUGGCAGGAUAUGAUGACGAUGGUGGCUGAUGCUGAAGCGGCACGAAAUCACAUCCGAGAGGAGAAGAACAUGCUGGAAAUCCGAAUGAGCCACAUCGAGGAGGAAAGAGAAGAACUGAUUGAGGAUGACUGGUUCUUUCCUGGCUGCUCCGAUCCAGCAUUGGCCAAUCGGCAGCGGGAGUUGGAGGAGGAGUUGGCUCAGGCCCGAGGGCUCCGUCCACAAAGGGGCAAGAAGAUGGGAAGCUCCAGCCCCCACAACCUGCAGGAGGACUUUGAGUUCACCAACAGGUCAUCUUUCCCAGAUUCCCACAAUCCCUCUGGCAGUAUCACUCCAAUGGAAGGGGAGAACAUGGGAGGUUGGUGGCCUGAAUUCACUGCCUCAAACACAGAGGGUCUGAGGUCUGUUGUGGAAGAACUGGAGCUUGAAAGAAAUCAACUGCAGGAGCAAAUCCUUGGACUGGAAGAGCGCUGUCAGGACUUGGAAGAUCGGUUGCAGUUACAGGCUCGCGUCGAGUCCCUACAGAAUGAAUCUGAGAAACUGCAAGCUCAGCUUAGCAGCCUGCGCAGUCAGCAAAGCAGAGAUGCUGAAAAGCAUCAGCUUCUUGUCACCAGUUUGAAUGAGCAACUCAAAGGGCUAAGCAGCACACAGGAGUGUCUCGAAUCCUCUCUGAUGGAGAAAGAGCACACACUCGCUCAAACAUCGGAGAAACUCGAGCUUAUCGACAGUCUGAAAGACGCACUGAAGGAGAAGGAGGAGCAGCACAAAGACGUUGCUGAUAAACUACUACUGACCGAAAACAAUCUUUCUGAUGUGACCAAGAAGUGCAGUACAUUUGAGAAGCAGUGCACAGAAAUGAAAGGAACAGUCGCAGAGCUCAUGCAGAAGCUUAAUGUGCUGAAAGAGAAGAUGCAGAGACAAGAAGCUACAAUUGAAUCGUUGCAGAGCGAUUUGGAUCAAACCACCGAUGAGCUGGACAAGCUGAACACCACACAUUUAGAAGAAAGAGCACAGCUUAUUCACGAUCUCCAAAGCUGCGAACGAGAAAUUGACAGCCUCAAAGACGUUAUUGCAGACAAGGACAAGGAAAUCUCAGCUCUUUCGGGGAAUAUGUUAGAAUAUGCAGAGCAAAUACAAGAGCUUAAACAGGAAAUAAAGCAUAAAGAGGAGGAUCUGGUUCGUAUAGAGUGCGCUCUUUUGAAAGCUGAACAGGAAGCUCGAAUCAUUACAGAUUCACAGUCUUCUGACCAGAAAACCCUUAAUAUGAAAAUAGCUGAGCUGACUGAACAACUCCGGGUCACUGAGAAUGAUCUAACCGAGGCCCGUAAAGAGAACGAGGUAAAGAGAAAUGAAACGAAGGAUCUGCUCAGUCAACUGGAAGAAAACAAGCUGAUGAUACAAAAUCUCAACAUGGAAAUUCAGAAGCUGCAUACAAGUCAGCGUGCUCACCUAACUGAAUGCGAAACUCAAAUUUCAUCACUGAAGGAACAAAUGCUGGCUGCUUCUCAAAAACGUCAAGACUCUGAGGACGUUCUUGCUCAGCUAAAGGAGACAAGGAAUUCAAACGAGAAGCUCAAAGAGCAGAUCCUCGACCGUGAGCAGACCCAUGAGAAGGAGAUGAAGACUCUUAAGGAAGAACGCAACAAGCUUUUGGCAGACGUUACAAAAUAUAAUAAUGAGCUUCAGUCUCUAUCCAGUCAGCUUCAAGCACAGGUCGAGUGCCAGGAACAGGUUAAGCUAGGGGUUGAAGAAAAACUGGUGACUAUAAUGUCGCUGGAGGAAAAGCUGAGGAAUGUACAAGAGAAGGCAGAAGAAGAAAAGGCGGCACUACAAGAAGAGUUAGCUGGCAAAACAAAGACCAUUUUGAAGCUGGAAGUAAAGAUGAAAUCGCUUAAGGAUGAAAUACUAGGUCUUCAAAAAUCUCUCGAGGAGAGUUCACAGACCCAAACACAGCUUUUGCAAGAAUCCCAGGAACAAAUGGAUUUAGUGCUAAACCAAAAUGUCAGCCUACAGUCCAGAGUGGACGACCUCACGGAAGAGAAUCGUGCUCUUAAGCAGGAAGUUGAGAACAAGGUGCAGUUGCUGCAACAGGUUGCAGAGGAGAAAGACUUGCUGCUGAGGAAAACAGAAGAAAUUGAAUCACGGCAAGUAGAAAAUGGGAAAAUGGUAGAAGACCUGAUUAAAGAUAAGGAAAGGCUUAAUGAUAGAGCUACAGAGCUUGAGCAAAGCAAGCAGUCUCUUUCUGAACAUCUGUUGGAGAAAACAGGUGAGUGUAGUCAGCUUAAAGUGUCACUGGAGAAUAGUAAAGAGCUGGUUGGGCAAUUACAAAGCCAAAUAGAGGCCUUGGACACUCAGGUUGACAAAUUAAACUGUAAAAUAUCAGAAAAUGAGAGGACUCUGAGUGAGAAAAUUGUACAAAUAGACACCCAGCAGAGUCAAAUCAUGCGGCUGCAGGAGAGUUUGAAUUCAGGAGAAUCGGAGAAGGAUAGUCUUUUACAGCAACAAGCCUCCCAGUUCAUGUCUUUACAAAGUGAACUUGUACAACAGAGGGAUCUUUUUUCAGUGCUUCAAACCGAAUGUGACUCCCUCAGAGUAGAAUGUACCCGACUCCGUCACAGUCUUCAGGAACAAACCACAGCUCUCACUGAUAAGACUAAUGAGUGUCAAAGCCAUCUAAAUGAACUGGACAAUAGGAACGCAUCUCUUUCUUCCCUCAGCAGUCAGUUAGGGACCACGAAUGAUCUUAAUGCCAAGCUUGAGGCUGAAAAUGGUGACAUGAAAAAGACCCUAGAAGAGUUGCUUGCCAGUAACAAGAAUCUGACUGAAGAAAUAAAUCUUAGGCAGGCUAAUAUAAUUGAGUUUCAUGGCAACAUUCAGGCUCUGAGCACACAGAACCUACAAAUAAGAGCUUUAUAUGAGAAUAAGGAGAAGGAGCUAGCGGAAUUGAGUCAGGUUGUAUCCGAAAUGGAUAAGAAGCUAGCGACGACACUGGAAGAGAAGGGAAACGUUGCUGCUCAGAUUUCUAUCCUUGCUGAGCAAAAUAGUACCAUUCAAAAAGAAAAAGAGGAGUUAGAGAAGGAACAAAACUUGUUAAAUGACAAACUAUCUGGGUUUGAGAUGCAGCAUGCAGAAAACCGUAAAAUUAUAGGAGGCUUGCUUAAAGACAAAGAAGAGUUAAGCGAAACAAUCAAGCAAACCAAGGAAGCCAUACUUGAAAAGACAACCGAAUGUGAGUCUCUCUCAAGACAACUUCAGGAGAGCAGAGAGUCUAUAAACCAAUUGAAUGAACAGCUGAGGAUGUCAGAUUCUCAAUUUAACAUCAGUUUUGCAGAAAAAGACCAGGUCAUUUCAGAUCUACGCAAACAGCUUGUGGGUUCUCAGGACCAGCUUACUCACCUACAAGAAACUCUCUCAUUACUUCAGGAACAGGGUGUUGCUCUAAAGUCUGGACUUCUGGAGAAAGAUGCAGUUAUACAACAGCAGUCUAAGGAGUGUUCUUCCUUACAAAGUGAGCUUAAUCAUCAGCAAGAGCUUUCCACAAACCUCAAAACUGAGAACGAGAAGCUUAAAGGGGAAUGUUCCCAAGUGCUCCAGGAUUUGAGAGCGAGAGAAAGUGAAUGUUGUAAUCACACCGACGAGCUUAACAAGAGAAAUGAAUCGCUGGUUUCACUUAAUGGCCAGUUAGCAACCAUGAACGACAAUGUUGCAAAGCUUCUCUCAGAUAACGAGCAUCUUAAACAUUCUUUGGAGAGUCAUUCGGCAGAGAGCGCAAUGCUGAAAGAGGAGCGGAGCCAGAAACAAGUGGAGCUGCUGAAACUUCAGGAUAAGGUGCAGGAACUAAAUGAGGCAAAUAGUACAUUAAAUGUCAAACUCCAAAAAUCAGAGACAGAGAUUUCCAUAAAACAAGAGGAAAUCUGUGCUCUUCAGAAACAGUUGUCCGACAGGGAUGCAGAUUUCACAUGUUUGGCGCAGCAGCUAGGGACCGAGCGUUCCAAGGCCGAAAGCCUCCAUCUGGAACUACAGCAAAAAGAGGAGUCCUUUAAACAACAGGAGACAUUCUUGAGUCAAUUACAGGUCAGAUUUGAAUCUGGCGAGGGUCAAAUCAGCCAGAAAAUGGAAGCCAUAUCUGAGCUACAGAGGGAUGCUCAGAACUUACAAAGAUCACUGCAGGAGAAAGAUGUCUUACUGCUCAAGAAAGAUCAAGAGAUUGCUCGGUUGAGUGAAAAGAUAACGUCAGAAUUAGAAGUGUCAAAAGCACGCAUUAAAUCUGACAUGGGUGUCAUCUCUAAAUUACAAGGCGACUUGGAGGUUUUGCUUGAGAAAAAUGACUGCCUCAGUUCAGCUCUAACUGAAAAGGACGCUCUGCUGAAGAACGAAGCAGAGAAGCAGCUGAGCAUGAAGGCCAACACUGACAAACUUGAAGACACCAUUUCCCAACUGACUUGUAAAGCACAGGGCUUUUCCUCCGAGAUCGCACAACUCAGGGCUGCACUAGCUGAGAAAGAUCAGGCCCUUCUUGACACUUCAUCUAAACAGUCUACAGAGCUCUGCAGCCUGAAUGAAACCCUGAAAGUCAAAGAUGUAGAAAAUGACAACUUAAGACAAGAGUUGUCUCAACUUAAAGAACAGCUUUCAGUGUUGAACUUCAAUCUCAGUGACCAGUUUGCAGAGGUAUCAAGACUCAAAGCAGCCCUUGAAGAAAGCACUUGCACUGUGGUGGACAAAACUGAAGCUCUUCAGGAUCUUCAGAGGAAGGCUGGUGAGGCUGACUUGUUGAAGAGUCAGUUUAUGGAAAGUACAGAACUAGUGUCUGAGCUACAGUAUCAAACUCAGGCCCUUAAGGAAGAGUCUGUGAGGCUUUCCAUAACGAUAGAAGAGAAGCAAAGUGCCUUAACAAACCUUCAGGAUAAAUUUGCUUUUCAAGUGGAAGAACUUCAAGAAGCCAAGAAUCUGCUGUUCCAAAAGAACAAAGAAUUGUCAAACCUAAACCAGACGAUAAGUGAGCGAGACCGACAAAUCCACACCCUUCUACAGGAGUCAUCAUCUUUGCAGAAUGAGGUCCAACAGCUGCGAUUGUUUAACGCCGAAGUUCUGAAGCAAAAGGAUGAUGCAUUAGUUGCUCAGCAAAUGAAUGCCAAUGCCCUGACUAUAGAAAUCGAGAGAUUAAAGGAACAACACCUUCAAGUUGCAGCCCAGGUUAAUUCCCUGACUGAGAGCCUUGAGCAAAGGGAAUUGGCUCUGCAUGCUAUUAAUAGUCAAUACACUGCUCAGGUAAAGCAUACAGAGGACACCAUGUCAGAGAUGCAGAAAAUAAAUGAGCUGUGCAAGAAGCUUCAAGAGGAAAAACGUUUGACCGAGCAGGAGCUCGAUCGAGUCAACAACGAAAGGACAAAAAAGGAAGAGGAGGCCCAUAAGUUAUUUCUGGAAAAAGAGGCAUUCAGUAGGAAUUACAGUUCUGAGAUCCAAAGGACACAAGAACAGCUGCAGCUUCAAAGUCAACAGCAACACAGUAGCAUGGAGAGAAUGAAGACAGAGAUGGAGCAACUCCAGGACAAGCUUAAGGAGGUUGGAAACUUGCGGUCUCAGAAUGCUGAGCUGGUGGAGUUGAAGUUGAAAUACGAUGACCAACAGAGGGCACUACAACAAGCACACGCUUACAAACACCAGUGUGAAAAAGAUGUUCUUGGAUACCAGGAAGAACUAGCACAGCUGAGGUCUGAAAAGAGCCAACUGCAGUCUGAAUGUCAAGCUCUCAGGGAGUCCAGCAAGGAGACUGGUUUUGUUUCAGGUAAAGGCACAUCUUCAGAGCAGGUUGCACAGCUGCAGGCUCAUCUACAGCGCUGCCUGGUGGAGAUUCAACAGAGAGAUUUUGGUUUUCAGCAGCUCAAUAUAAAGAUGCAGCAAGCUGUAGAAGAGAAAGCUGCCGUUUCCGCUCAAUUGAGAGCCGUAUCUCAGACUCUGAGGGAAACCCAGCUUAGUCUGAGUGAGCUGCAGAACCGCUAUUAUUGGAUAGCAAAUCAGCAACAAAUCCAGCACUCACAUGCACAGGGUUCGGUAUGUGCAGAAGUUGCACCCGGAGCUCCUCAGGAAAUCAGCAGCGCUUCAAGCAAUCUGGACGGAUUGGACGUCAGAGAACUCAAGAGCAGACUGGUAGAAGCAGAGCUUCAACUGGACUCCACUCAGCAAAAUGUGUCUCAGCUCAACAACAGGCUGGAGGAGGAAAGGGUGCGAAGACAAGCGGCAGAGGAAGCACUGGGAUUGGCUGAGCAGAGGAUUAAGAGUGAACCUAGCCCUUCCAGAUCUUCCGUGCGAGACUUUAGUAUCCGGUUAGACACAGAUGAGGAAUGGGAAGCUCUGAUUUUAGAUCCAAAGCAACACCUGCUUAUCCGCACAAUGAAGAGCGGCGUCCACUCCUGCCGCCGCUGGUUACGAGGCCGUAAUCUUUACUGCUCCAAGCUGAUGACAUCCAGAGCGAAAUCCCGCUACUUUUUCCUGGCCUACCUGCUCGCACUCCAUAUCCUCGUCUUCAUGUGCUUCACUGGGGCGUUAUAGACUUUUAAAACCACGGACAGGUUGCUUGAGCAAAUGAGGAACUUUCCAAAGCAACGAGAAGUGCAGUUGUGUUCAAGAGCUAUUUGUUAUUUAAUCAGUUAUCAAACACCAAAAACUUCUAACAGUUUAUAGUUUCUCUGUCACUCUUCUCUAGUAGAAGUAAGUAGAAGUGUUUUCUGUAGAGAUGCUAUUAGCAUCGAUAUCAGACCCAAAUGAGCAAACCAGGCAACCCCGAAAAUACCAGUGCUUAACUUCUGCUCUUCUGUUGUACUGUAGCUGUUUUUUGAACCAAAAUUGCAUGCAAAUGCACUUGUUGCUCCAAAGUCACAUACAACUUCAGCAAACAAGAAUACUGAUACAGCUACACAGUACUUGUGGUGUUAUUUACACAUAUGUACUGCAAUAGGCUUUGUCUUUCCUUUAUACUACACACUAAUCCCACUGAUUGAUGUAUAGCGGCAUAGAAUGCAUGUGUUUGCAGGACAUCAGCUCGGUGUAUCAGAUGGCGACAUCAUCCUCAGAUUACCAUCUAGUCUAACAAUCUGUGCUGUAGAUCCCUUGCUAAAUUAAGCAUUCUUCAGUAGUAAGCUUCAGCCGAGGGACCGUUUUGGUGUUUGGUAACUGAGGAGCUUUCUAAACAGUUUUGGUAUCACACACUAAACACAAUAAUUUGCCUGAGCUCACGUCAGAUGUCAUCGUGUCCACUCAUCAUGCAACUGUCCUUUUUGCUGCUGAUGAGGUUAUUGCACUAAGCCUUUAUUAUUAGAUUACAGGCUCGGUGUAUUGUGUAGCAGGGUCACCGGUCACAUUUUGUGAGACAGAACCUUUAAAGAUGGUUUUUGGUCCUAAUACAAUAUUUUACUCAUACCAUCUUCCACAAACUUUGCCUUUACCAUCAAGAAAUAUUCGGUUACUCUAAACUAAGACCAGAACAGGACAGAAUUGGUUUUGCUGCACAAACUGCUGGCUUAUAUAGGCAGCCUCGUCCAGGACUUAACACAAGAGGUGUGAUGGUAUUGUGAAUGUUGAAUAUUGCAAUAUAUUGUAUAACAGAUGCGUAGCACAUACAUAGUGUGCUUGUGAGUGAGGGAGGGAGGAAGAGAGGGAGAGCGAGAGAAUUUAGAUUAUUUUUUCUGCACUGAAGUUAAUCUAAAGUGCUUAUUGGAUUUAAAGUGAGUAUUUACUACACUACAUGUGUUUGUGUGAGACAGAGUGAAAUCUUUCAUUUCCAUCACAGUUCCUUUAAACUCAUUUCUAUCAGCGAUUGCUGAAAUGAAGCUUUUGCAUCACACACACAAACACACACACCCUUUAACUCCACAUGCAUGCUUGCUGAUAGAAUGCUGUGUGUUUGUGUAUGCUGUGACUGUGGCAACUACUUGGAGGUCUGGACAAUGUGUGUGUGUAUUUAUUUCUACUGUGGGAUUGAAGAUGGUGAAUGCAAGGUACAAUAAGCAUUAAUGCCAGUAUGUGUAGAUUGCAGUGUGUCCUGGUCAAACUUGCCAGAUUCAGCUCAUCGGUUCAGUAACCCAUGCUUCAUGCAGUGUUUCUAUACAUUAGUAUGUUGAAGCAGUGUAUUUCUGCUCUAGUGUUGUUCUGCUCUAGCACACCUAACUCUGCACUUCAUACCACACAGUAAUAUCGAAGCACCCAUUUUGAUCUGAAGAAGUUGCCUGAAAUGUAGGUCCAGUCAGGUGUGUUAGAAAUUGUUUUAAUGUGCUCGUGCUGCUCAACAUUUUGUUGAGUUUCUCAUUUAAAAAACUAAUUCAAAAUAAAAAUGGGGCAUUUUAACAGGAAACACCAGGGCUUUCCCCUAAAUGCAUGUUUGCAUCUCAACUCCAGUGCUAGGAGGUGCAUGGAGUUUGCAUGUUCUCCCUGUACUUCUGGGGUUUCCUCUGGGAUACUUCAGUUUUCUUAACCCAGUCCAAAGACCAGACUUGAGUUGGAAUCUGCUUCACUAAUUUGUUUGUUGUGUGUGUGUGUGUGUGUGUGUGUGUGUGUGUGUGUGUGUGUGUGUGUGUGUGUGUGUGUGUGUGUGUGUGUGUGUGUGUGUGUGUGUGUGUGUGUGUGUGUGUGUGUGUGUGUGUGUGUGUGAGAGAGAGAGAGAGAGAGAGAGAGAGAGAGAGAGAGAGAGAGAUUGUGCCCUGAGAUGGAAUGUCACCCCGUCCAGGGUGUCCCCUGACUUGUGCCCUGAUGGAUAGACUCCAGGUAUCCUGCUAUCCUGUGUAGGACAAGCCCUACAGCAGAGGAAUGGGUGCAUACAAACACACAAAUAAGCGUCACUGUUGUAUUUGAGCUGCGUGCACAGCUAAUGCCCUGUGAGUUGUCAUGAGCUGGACAGAGGACAUGGACCCUAAACACACAAGAUCUUGCUUUAUGUCACAAGAUAACAUUUAACAAAUAACGUUUCCGUUACUUUCAUAUAUUUUGGAAACAUUCUCACAUUGAGGGUAAUGCAUACAUGUGCAAGAAUAAAAUAUGCACAAUGAUAGUCUUAAGUAAAGUUGCCUUUCUGGUAGGUCAAUUACAGUAUGCAGACAACACCACAGCAAAAUAACAAUGACGAUGAGAUUUUUUGGCUCAUUGACAUAUUAAUGACGAUACGUGAAUAUCGGCAUGUGUGAUGUGGGUGUGUUCUGAGGGGCUGAGGUGAGUUAGAGCAGGAACAUCUGUAAUGUGCAGAGCACAGCUGGAAAACACUGCUGGAUGUUAUGCUAUUGUGUAUGUGUGUAUAUAUUCUACAGAUGAUGUACUAUAUUUAACACUGAUUGUUUACAGGUUGACUGAUUUGCUGUAUAAUGCUGUUCUACACUAAAGUGGUCUGUAAAUAUGGGACGAUUUAGAGCAAAACGGAUCUCUAUUUAAAAUGAAAACUACUACUGAGUGUAUUCAAAUUGUCCUAUUUUCUAUAUAAGGUCUAUUUUUGAGGAGAUUCAUUAGACUCAUGAAGAAAGACUGUCUGUCCUCUGUUGGUGGGCUGAAAUGUGUGCAAUAUGGUGGAGUGGUUUUGUUUGUUUGCUUUCUUUUUUUAAAUGAAGUUCAUUUUAAAUAAAGCUAUUAGAAAACUUUUUAUUGAAAAAAAUAAUGGCGUUUUAUUUUGUGUAACAAUCUGGAUGUGCAUUUCUAUUUACAGUAGAUUCUUAAUAAACAAGCCAGAUGUCAUGUCAAGGCAAACUUAUAGGAACCGUAAGGAGACAAUAUAGGAACCUUGAGAGGAACCAGAAUUGAAAGAGAGCCCAUUCUCUUUAGGGUUAUACUGAAUAAUGUACAUGAUGUCCAGAAACUCUUUAGCUUAAUGUCUUUCAAAAUGUUUCAUACUUAGUUUAUAUCGUGGUGGUUUUUUUGUCUUUGUUUUUUUUUUUUUUUUUUAGGACAGACUAUAAGAAUAUCUUUGAAUAAAGCACACCACAUUAAAUCUUU